AUGGCAUUGUUCAUCGCGCCACUUUUUGAAAGCAUCAAGAAAGAAUUGCUCAACUACUUAAUCACAACUCUGUCACGUCGCGCUUUCUAUCUGAAAAACCGAGAUUGCCGGUGGAGGAUUCUCGUCUUCCUCUUCUGCUACUGCUUGCCGUUUUCCAUCCACUGUGCGGUAUGCAAUGUAAAUUUCCCGUACAUGUACAAAAUGCAUGACAAAUUUCGCUAACUUGCAGUGUCCAACUUGUCAUGCUAGACUAGGACUGAAGGCAAGUUUUGUCAUGCAGAGACUGCAUUUGUACGUGUGCGGGACAUUUACUGUGGAUAUGCGGCCACACUACCCUAUUACGUUGACUUGUGGCCGCAAGGCGUCGGGUAUGACACUGCACAACUCCCCCUCCCCCUUAUUUGCUUAGCAUGAACGGCAAUACAGGCGUCCGCAACAAGAAUGCAGGUUUUACAUGACAAAUUUGCAGAGGAGUGCAGUGCUAUUUGGGCUGCCAGAACUUGUCAUGCAAAAAGUGCCGGGAGGCAAAAGGUAGAUUUGGUAUUUUGCAUUACGAAUGAGGGGGAGGGGGACGGAGUUGUGCACUCUCAUAUCGGGCUGCACUUAGACUUCGACGAUGAACAAUAUGGAAAUUUCUGCACGGUCCGAAAAACCACGCCCUGGAUAACGAUCGUGCCUUUCCGCAUGAACUUUCUGUUUUCGGACACGAGGUGUCGCAGUGUUGAUCGAUCGAAAUUGGGAUUUUUUGUGAGGAAAAAAGAGAUCAAAGGGACGGCGGAAACCGGUGCGCAUCGGGUGCUGCUGGUGGAUUUCGAGUUGAUAAACGCGGGCAGAAGUUCGGCAAAUCCCGCAAGAACAGCAAGUACAGUCGCAGCGAAUUAUCCUGUUGCGCAGGCAAGUGUUUCUAGUUCUACCACACUAAGCGUAACAAGUGACCCAACAGCCAACUACAGUUCCGUCGUUGAUGGUGUGGACCCCUUGAAACAGCGGGCGCUCGCGUUGCAACGUGAACUACUCGCCCGGACUGCCGUCUUUCGGACAGGGAGUGGGAGGAACGAUGCAAAUGGCUUUUGCGACAUCUUCUUGACCGAACCACAGCCCAGCGACCGGGCGGAAGAGCACAAUCUGUAUGGAGCGCUCUACCGACACGGUGGGGAGGUCACGGAGGUUUUGACGCUGCGAAACAGUCGCGACGACAUAUCUACUUCCGGCGGUGCAAGUGCGGAUGUCCUCAAUUUGGACACAUAUAAAUCGACGACAUCUACUUCAGAUGGACAGGCGAAAAUUAUACCGGUUUUUGUGCAGGUUGUAUCAGCCGGCGGAGCAUCAAGCCCUGCCGCGACCAGGGGGGGCACCAGCACGUCUACAGUUAUUUUUAUCUCUGCCUACAACAGCCAUGCGGUCGGAAGUACUUCGAGCCGCAAUACCACAAAAAAUGCAACAUCAGUUGUUUUGGAGCAAGCAGAUGAUCCCGCCGGAGAAGCGGCCGCAAUGAGCUCCACAGGAGCUGGAGCUGCAAACGCGACCUCCAUGUUCUUGCAGACGGUGAACCACACUGCCCUGCGUCCGUUUGUCCACCCGGAUUUCUCCCUUCUUGUCCAAGUCACAACAAGGGCAAACGACACAGCUUUAUUGACAAACCUGACUGAGCGGGCUACUUCCCAUUCGAAGAACAGCUCGUCCUCCGUGGACGCAGAGCAGUGGCUUCAGCGGCAGAUUGAAAUCCUGGAAUUUGUAUUGGCAGUCGCGCAUGAAAAUGUGGAUCAUGAAGCUAGUACAACAUCAUCAUCGAGUACAACAACUGUGGAGGCAAGUAGAACAAGUACGGCUUACGCAAGUACUAGCACACGGCGGGGCCGCACAGAAUUAGAAUUGCAGAAGAUCUCGCUGGUCCUGUCGUCCACCAAAUUUCAAAGAGCAACCUUCAUCAAAGUCUCCUGUAACCACUCGCCGUUUCAACACUUCACGCAGCCGUUCUACCACUACAGGAACGUAGAUGCUGAUCCGACGGACACGCCAAUCGGGCAAGCGCACGAUGGUACAACAGCGGGCGCGACAAGGACGGGGACGGGCGAAACCUCGGGAGCCCCUUCGCCAUCUUCUACUUCGAGUGGCGGUACUAUCCCGACCUACAACCAUUUACCCAUUCUGAUCCUCGUCAUCGACGCGAUUGGGCGGGCCGAGUUCGUGCGAAAAUUUCCCAAGUCGUUUGAGUUUCUGAAGAAAAUGCAAAUGGAACAAACCGAGUCCGGCACUUCUACAUCUCCAAGUACAAAUACAGCGGGUAGAAAUCUUCAAGAUCAAGAGCCGCCCACGUACCACCUUUUCGACUUCUAUGGAUGUGUCAGAGUUGAAAUCGACAAAGUUGAAAAAACUUGUAAUGCAUAAAAUGCGAUGCAAAAAGUGACUCUAUUGCAGAGGACGCAAGGGAGGUAGAUUAUAGUCCUGGUAAGGGUCAAAAGUUGGACUGCUGACUAGCAUGACAGAAGGCAGCUCUUUUGCCCUAAACCGCAUGACAGACUCGCUGUCAGGACCGGGAAAAUUUGUUAUGCACCGACUACAAACUGCAGGUCUAACUGGCAUCCAUUUUAUGCAUGGUAAAUUAUUUCAACUCUGUCGAUUUCAAACCUGACACUCCCAUAACUUCGUGCGACACCAGGCAAGCGGGUUUGCGACCUACCAAAAUGUCGUCGGCAUGUUCUACGGCUCAACUGCCUACAACCUCGAGCAGUGCCCUGUGUUUUGGAGUCACAGCGCAAAUUCUUCCGUCGUGAUUAGCUCUCAAAUGAACGAGACCGAUUGGAUUCGGAAAAGGAUAUGUGUUGCAAAAACUUAUCGUGCUGGUACGUAAUUCGAAUUGCAAUAGUGAGCAUGGCAUAUUAUGGACGAAUUUGUCAUUGGUAUUGGAUUCGGAGUCCGAGUCGGAUAUUUUUCGGAGCCGCAACCGGAACAAGGAGGUCUGUCUUGCUCGUGUUGCAUCAUGUUCCUUGCGAUUACAGUACGAGCACGAUAUUCUUUUUGCACAGGAUGAAAGAUUCUGCUUCCCGACUUCGACAAAGACGCAGGGAAAACGGAGACCGUGUCAUUAUUACCCUCAUCGAAAAGUAGAACGUUACACCGGCAAGUCCGGAAGCGUUUCAAAGCGGAUCUCGGUGGUGCGAACGUUUUCGAAAUCACUACUGUGGGUAAAAACGUUUCCACCCCAUAGUGAAGUUGGUGAAAUCCCAACACAAGUCUCCAAGUUUUGGGAGUUGUGCAUGACAAGUCUUCAUCUGCGGCGUAGUGCUGGUUAGCCAGGGAAGCUGCCGCAUGAGAAAGCCACUUUCUCAUCCUCUUUGCAGCAAUACAAAUCCCAAAACACGAUAGAAAACGCGUUUCAUGGAUUUGCGCAUUACAUAAUGUUCCAGUCAUAGCACAUUUGCAUGACAACUCUGGGACCUUCAUAGGGACGCUUUUGCUGAGGAUAAUCACCUCUCCCUUCGGCACCGAGCCCGAGCUGUGGGACCGGGAAAACCCGUAUGAUAUCUUGAGCGGCGGGGUGUAUCCUGUGCAUAAGUAAUAUCGUAUUCGUAUUGCAAUCAGGCAUUACAAAUCUUUUUGGUAAGUCAAAUCCGCAUUACAACUUUUAUUUCUCACGCUGAGGAAAUUUCAAGAAUUUGUAAUGCAUUUAUACGAGUGCGAUGCUUUUGCAGUUCAUAGGGUGUAUUCGGCUACCAUUCGGUGUCUGCAAGACAGGUUUUCGCACCAGUUUCAACUGGACACGGCCAAGUACGAGCGAGACGAUGUAGUUCUUGCAGAACAAAGAGCUAGUGGUCCGGAGGAUGAUCCCCGUCCUGAGGAAAGUGAGCAAGAGGAAAAGGGCUUCUCGUUUGACCAAUUGAUCUUGGAGGAACUGAAGGCAAGGAGAAGUACAAGUAGAGCUCUUCCUUUACUUGCGUCUGCGUGGUCGGGCAGCAGUAGUUCUACAUCAUCGACGCAAGAGUCGGAGGACAAAAUAUCACCAAAGCCGCCGCGACAGACCCGGCGCCGCCCCGCAGUUUCGAUCCACUGGUUCUUGGAAGCGCACGAAGUGACCCGAGCGGUUGUGGAGACUAUGGAUGAGCAUUUGUUGCGGUAUUUGCAAACCAUAUUUGGUGAUGGUGGUGGAACACGUAGAAGUUCUGUCGCCAACUCUACCGCAAUCUUUCUUCUCUCUGACCACGGGAACCACCUAGGGGCCUACCCCGCUGUCUUUGAUAACGGAUUCGUCGAGAUGAGUAAUCCUCUGUUGCUCAUGUCGCUGCCGAGGUGGUAUAACGUUCUGACAACUACAUCAAAAAGUACCGGAGAUGGCGCUUCAAAAAACUCUUCCUUUACUAUGCAGUCCCUGCUCCGACGUUUGCGGCAGCACUACACGACGCACUUCGAUUAUCCAAGAAAAAAGCAUAUAUAGGAGUAACUUUUUUGGAGGAAUAGCAUUACAAAUUUGUCUGACAUGACAGCAAAAACCUGUCAUGCGCAGAUAGUACGUGAAAACGCCCUUUAAUGGACCCUGCGAUGCAUGCCAAGCAUGACAGACGCAAUCAUCUUUCAUGUUGAGCAUCACAAAUUUACACUAACAACGUUUUUUUCUUGGAUAUCGAUUUGUACGAGACCUUUGUCGACAUCGUACGCACUCUAUGCAAUACAAAUUUUUAGUCCCGUACUUACAUGUAGCACAAGAUGCAUCACAAAUUUCGCCAGUUUAUUGGGGUCUACAACUUGUCGUGCUAAACUAGGGCUGAAGCAGCUAAGGUUUGUCCUGCACAAACAGCAUUUGAUUGUGCGUUGUGUGCGGGAGUAUCAAAUUUACUUUCGAUACACUCCGAUUUGGAAGCAGGGGGUGCUAGAUUGGAAACUUCAGCGAGGGAUCUCUUUGUCCGCGGAAGAAGACUAUGCUGUGCAAAAGUAUCGUACUCGUAGUACUUAAUCGCAUGUAUGCAUGACAAAUCUCUUUUUUAAGGUAAAUCAGCAUGAGAAAAAAUUCCAUUUGUCAUGCUGAGCAAAUUUGUGAUGCGAUUACUACUAGUAAGAUGCUUUUGCAAUUCAUAAAGACCUUUUGCCAGCGACCGAACUGACGACGCCACCUUUGGAACUACGGUGCAGCGCUUUCGUAUGGGAGUGUCAGGAUUGAAAUCGUCAGAGUUGAAAUAGUUUGCCACGCAUAAAAUGCAAGGCGUGAGGUGCCUGUCUUGCCGGGAUGGCAAGCGAGGCAGAUUGUGAGCCUAUUUUUUUAGGAUUUGAAAUAGAGCUGCUAAAAGAGCAUGACAAAAGCAGUCUUCUGUGCCCAUACAGCAUGACAGAUUGGAUUCCGGCGCUCCGAAAAUUUGUCAAGCGCCGCCUGGAAAUUGGGGUUCCAACUGGUAUUCAUUUUAUGCAUGACAAAUUAUUUCAACUUUGACGAUUUCAAUCCUGACACUGCCAUAGUUCGGCCGAAGUUUCUUUCGCCAGGCAGCGUCGCUGUCAACGGAUCUAAGUGGCGGGGCGGGGGCGGGGGACCAGUUCUUGAAGCGGCUCAACCAAAUCAGAUUCGGUGGAGCAACCGGCACGCAUGUCAUGGGUAUCCUCACAGGAAACAAGGUCGUUGAAAAACUGCUUCAGUUGUGAUGUUCUUCUCUUUUCUUGUUGUGUUGUUCUCCUCUUUUCUUGUAACCGGGUCAUCAGGACGAGGUUCUUGCUGUUGUCGCAUUGACAGCACUGACUGCAUGUUGGCCUCCCAAAGUUUCCACCUUGUGCUGCGAGAGAAAAAAAAAACCACGCGCGGCAAGAGGUCCAUGCAUGCAAAAAUAGCGAGAGGUGAAACUCAAAUCUUACUUGCCCACAGAUGUACGUAGUGAAGCACUUUUUCCAUGGGAAAAACGGCCAACUUAUCAAAGCGAAAAGGCAAAGGCUACUGUUGAUUACGAUCAGUUCCUCCACGACCAGUGGCAGUUCAAGUGAUGUUAAGUAAUACGAGGCAAGAUCAAGAACUACAUGAUCUCUGCCUCUGGUCACGAUUGGGCCCUUGUACGAUCACGACUUUCAUCCUCUUUCGGCCCUUCAUCUUCAUCUUCAAAUCUCGUAAUAUUCUUGCAAUGAUAUGAAAUGCAGGAAGCGCGGCGCUGCCACCUGCGAUGGAUGCUGAUGUUGGUCCAACAGCACCAUGGGCCUCAUUCGGGCGUGAUGGUACAUAUCAAAAGUAGGCCUUUUCGUUUUCAUACAACUGCGGAAGAGCUGCAUGUGUGAAGAGUGUGAACUUUUUGAGAC